AAAACCAAUCUGAUAUUUUUCGUACAUUUCUAUAACAAGGCAUGUUUUGGUACUAACCCGGCAUUGUAUUUUUUUGUCGUCAAUUUAUUAAUUAAAUUAAUUGGAAUUUAGUUAGUAUAAGAUACUUUACGUUAGUAUAAAAUACUUUAGAGAUGUCAUCUCGUCCAUGUUCACCAAAGCCGAGACGAGGGAUUCGCUGUUCUGAAUCCGCUGAACCAAAUGGGAAAGUAAACAAUGAUGAGCACUUGGAUACAUCUGAUGAGAAUUACGACGGUAACUCAAUAGAAGCAGAAGCCAGUGACGAGAGCUGCGCAAAGGCGCCGGAGGAUACAAAGGAUCGUAUCGAAACGGGUUGUGUAACCUACCUAGCAGUCAUAGUGGCCAUAGUAGCCAUAGUCUUGGCAUUCUUGGUGUUUAGAAUGCUACCGCGUUCAGAGAAAACAUGUUCAUACAAUGAAUUACGUCAAAGACAUCAAAAGCAGGAUCAAAAAAUGUGGCAAACGCUUUCUAUAAAUAUAGAACAUAUUUUGAAUGAACGCUCCACAAAACCGGCUGUGUAUCUUUUUCUUCACCAGGGAAGUAGAGAUAUGCAAGCAUUAGUAAAAAAUAUUGCUUCUGAUACAGUAACCUGCUUCGGUGGUCAGUUAGUCGAGAUGAGUGAAAAUGAUUUUACCACUGAUGAUUAUGGCUAUGCUAUUGAGAAAUUCAAAAAUAAAAUAAAGAAGGGACAUGUGGCACUAAUUGCCCAUUUGAAUAAGAUACCCGUAGAGGCAGCGCGUGCUUUGCACUUCAUCUGCGAUGUACACACACCAAUCGCUGAAGGAGUGGUUAUAUACCUCACAUUAGUUACACCGUCCUCAAUAGGCACGCCCAAAGAAAAUGCUGUAAACACAUUGCGGAACUUAUGGAGCUCGAAAUUAGAGUAUAACGUCCUCGACCCUUUAAUAACUCGCGUUACUGAUGAAGUUAUAGCACUGAAAAGUGAAUGACAGGCGAUUAAAUCGAAUAAGUUCUUAUGGCCCUAUCAUAUAUGGCAGGUGCUGGAUUUUGUAAUAUGUAUUAUUUAAACUGUAUUCAAAUCUGUUUUCAGAAGCAAUGUGCACUAUAUGUAGCUCGGUCUAUAUGGACAUAAGGCUAUUUCCUAAAA